CUCAAAUAAAGAGCAACUCUAAAACAGUCAUUUACCAAGAGCAUAAUAGCAAAUUAUUCAAAAACAAAAGAUGAGAAGGAGGAGGAGGAUUUCGAUUUCUCUCACCUGGUAGAAACGGAGAACAGGAACGACCGCAGGACGGCUCUCACAUCCAACCCUAAAUAGGAGAGGACAUUAUUUAUAAUGUUUAUUGAUGUAUAAAAGGCCACAAGAGAAACAAAGGCCCGGCCCAUACAAGACAAUUCUUAACCUGCAAAAGAUCUCGAUCUCGAGAGUGAAAGAGGCUAGGGCUCGAAGCCGAUCGGGUUCCAGGCUGUAUAAUGGCUUUUCGAUGUGUGCUUGCAAAGCUGGGGAAUAUUUGUGUUCGGAGUGCGCGCAGGAGAUUGGUAGAAAACAAACCUCAAAAAAUUUGGGAUGAUGAGAAAUACCAAAAGCUGCUGAGCUAUCGCAUUGAAGUUCAACGACUGAGUGAUGGUAGUCGCUGUUUUUUGCUUCCAUCAGAUGAUUGUCUUCCAUAUGCUCAACCUGCGGAUGAUCCCAACAUUAUGGCUUGUGCUCAUUUGGCAGUGGAAGAGUUCAACAAACAAAAGGAUGCAAAACUUCAAUUUGUGAGAGCGGUGAAGGCAUAUCGCCAGUACGAUUCGUGGUGGCAUUCAGACAUGUACUAUUACCUAACGUUGGAGGCAGUUGAAGCUGAAGUUGUUAAAACAUACCAAGCAAUAGUUCUUGAAAAAGAGAAUGAAGACUGUCCUAAUAAGCUAGAGCUUCACGUAUUUGGUCAGGUUGCUGACGAUGGCAGUAGGAGUAUGAUGAUACUAUAUGAUGACCCUACUAUUUAUUGGACAUCUGACAACCGAGAUGAUCGAUCAGUGGAAGGAAUAUUAUCAAGCACAAGAGAGAUAGAGGUCGCAUUGCAAACAAGGAAAGGAUAUGUUCUCGAGGAUGAAAUACUUGGCUCGUUGCAGGCGCUUCCCCUCCAAUAAUCUUGUUUAUUGUCUACUUGGUGAAAUUUGAUAUCUAUGAACAUGAGAAUCUUCAGUUUGAAUGUAUCAAUCAUUUGGAUAUUAUAUGUAUGUUUCUUGUCCGUUAUUAUCAAAUUUUUUUUCCAAUAAAUAUUAACUUGUUUAUUGAAUUUCUAUACUUGGAUUGUUAAGACUUCUUAAGAACUAGACAUUGUAUUUAGUGGAAUUCAGACAUGUAUGUAACUGGUAUUGAAUUCGAAUAUCAUAAGGAAUGUAGCAGACAAGUUCAGAUC